CCUCGGAGCCUUGAGCUCUUGCCUUGUUGUGUGGAUUUUUAGGGCACUCAUUGCCCGUUUCGCUCUCUUGACUCAGACGCUACUCUUUUAGACUUCGCUUACUUCUUUCUUCAUCGCCGAUCCGCUCUUCAGGUUGUUGAGUUCAGAGAAAAAGCUCUGUACAUAGUGCACUGACUCUAAAGACAAGCAGGAUCUUUUUCCGCAAAGGGAUGACUUUUUGCAUGACCUUUUGAAAUUCAUGCAAUGUCGGGUUUACUUAAUUCUUCUCUGAACGGAUCUGCUUCAAAUCUUCCCGAUAGUGCUGGGAGGUCAUUUGCCACGUCAUUCUCUGGCCAGUCUGGUGCUGCCUCCCCAGUUUUCCAUCAUAGUGGGGCUAUCCAGGGAUUGCACAACAUCCACAGCAGCUUUAAUGUUCCCAACAUGCCAGGUGCCCUUGCAUCAAGAAAUUCAACAAUAAAUAGCAUUCCGUCUGGAGGGGUUCAACAGCCUACUGGAAGUCUUUCUAGUGGAAGAUUUGCAUCAAAUAAUCUUCCUGUUGCUUUGUCUCAGCUAACUCAUGGAAGCUCUCAUGGACAUUCAGGAGUAACAAACAGAGGAGGUAUAAGUGUUGUAGGAAACCCUGGAUUUAGCAGUAGCACAAAUGGAGUUGGCGGUUCUAUUCCUGGGAUUCUUCCAACAUCUGCUGCAAUUGGUAACAGAAACGCUGUUCCAGGAUUGGGAGUAUCCCCAAUUUUGGGAAAUGUAGGUUCUCGAAUUACUAGUUCUAUGGGGAACAUCGUUGGUGGAGGGAACAUUGGGAGGAGCAUUAGCUCUGCUGGAGGAUUAUCUGUGCCUGGUCUUGCAUCUCGUCUAAAUUUAAGUGCAAACAGUGGAUCUGGUGGUUUAAGUGUCCAAGGACAGAAUCGGUUGCUGAGUGGUAUGCUUCCACAGGGAUCACCUCAAGUUAUUUCAGUGCUAGGAAAUUCUUAUCCUGGUGCUGGAGGACCCCUUGCUCAAAGCCAUGUUCAAGCAGUAAAUAAUUUAAACUCAAUGGGGAUGUUAAAUGAUAUGAAUUCGAAUGACAACUCCCCUUUUGACAUCAAUGACUUCCCUCAAUUGACAAGUCGACCCAAUUCUGCUGGAGGGCCCCAAGGACAGCUGGGUUCCUUGCGAAAACAGGGUCUUGGGGUUAGUCCCAUUGUCCAACAAAACCAAGAGUUUAGCAUUCAAAAUGAAGAUUUCCCAGCUUUACCAGGAUUUAAAGGUGGCAAUGCAGAUUAUGCUAUGGAUAUGCACCAGAAAGAACAACAUGAGAAUGCUGUGUCCAUGAUGCAAUCUCAGCAUUUUCCUAUGGGAAGGUCUUCUGGCUUCAGUUUAGGGGGUACAUAUUCAGCACACCGAUCACAGCAACAACAGCAUGGUCCAUCUGUCAGUAGUGUUGGUGUCCCCUUUUCAUCUGCAAACAAUCAGGAACUUCUCCAUCUUCAUGGGUCAGAUAUGUUUCCUGCAUCACAUUCAACCUAUAGUUCCCAGACCAGUGGACCUUCUGGCAUUGGGUUAAGGCCUCUAAAUUCUCCAAAUACUGUUUCUGGUAUGGGAUCAUAUGACCAGCUUAUCCAGCAAUACCAACAGCACCAGAACCAGUCCCAGUCACAGUUUCGUCUUCAACAAAUGUCAGCUGCAAAUCAAUCUUUCAGGGAUCAAGGCAUGAAAUCCAUGCAAACAUCCCAAUCAACACCGGAUCCAUUUGGUUUGCUUGGCUUGUUGAGUGUGAUCAGGAUGAGUGAUCCUGAUUUGACAUCUCUUGCACUUGGAAUUGAUCUUACAACACUUGGAUUAAAUUUAAAUUCAUCAGAAAAUCUCCACAAGACUUUCGGAUCUCCAUGGUCUGAUGAGCCGGCUCAGGGAGAUCCAGAGUUUACAGUGCCACAAUGUUAUUAUGCUAAACAGCCACCUGCCCUGCACCAAGGCUAUUUUUCAAAGUUUACAGCGGAAACAUUGUUUUACAUAUUUUACAGCAUGCCCAAAGACGAAGCUCAAUUAUACGCCGCAAAUGAGCUUUACAAUAGAGGAUGGUUCUAUCACAAAGAACAUCACCUAUGGUUUUUAAGAGUUCCCAACAUGGAGCCACUUGUUAAAACAAACACGUAUGAGAGGGGAUCUUAUCACUGCUUUGAUCCGAACACAUUUGAAAUAAUUCGUAAGGAUAAUUUUGUCGUUCAAUAUGAGUUGUUGGAAAAACCCACCUCUGCCUCAGCAUUGAGGUGAAAGGGAAAUUUGUGAUGUAAAGUUUCAAUUUAUGGAUUUGAUUCGUUAGAAUGUUUUAAGUCAUUUUGCAGAAUCAGUGUCCCCUCAGUCUGGCAUUUCAGAUGCCAUCUUAUCGCAUAGGACGACCUGGUGAGUUUGCUUCGGC